AAGCUCACACUCUGCAGCCCCGCCCCUUCUGCCGCUAAACGGAAGUGACGUUCCGGCCGCGUCACCAAGUUCCCCAGUAAACAUGGCGGACUGGAGUAGAGGACAUGGCCCAGGGGCGGUGGAUGAGAUGCUGGAUGCAGAGAACAAGCUUUUGGCCGAUCAGCUGGCCACCAAAGUCUCUCGGCUGAAGUCGCUGGCUCUGGACAUUGACAAGGAGACAGAAGACCACAACGCCUACCUAGAUGGGAUGGACUCCAACUUUCUGAGCACCACUGGGCUACUGACGGGCAGCGUGAAAAGGUUUUCCAACAUGGUGCGCUCCGGCCGGGACAAUCGCAGGCUGCUGUGCUACGUCUCCAUUGGGCUCAUCCUGCUUUUCUUUGUGCUCUACUUCAUCGUGUCCAGGGCUCAGACCUAAAGAUCUGUGCUCGCGGACGACGACGGCGGCGCCACCAUGAACUGAGCUUCUCAAUUCUGUGAGAGGGUCGCUCUCUUUUGUCGUUUAUCAAGUAAGAAACAUUAGUAACAUCCAAGCCAUUGUGUUCCGGGUCUGCAGCGUUGACGGGGCCGAGCAGGUGGCACCUGGCGAGCGGGAUGUUGGGAUUUGGUCAGAGGUGCACACGUCACUUCACGUCACGGCCUGCUGCUCCAGUCUAGCGGGUGACUGCCUCGGAGGACGGAGACCCCCAAACCCUUUUCAGCCUUUUUCUGAUGUCCGUAUGUGCGGCCAGUUUGUCAUGGGAGUGAAUGGAGGGCUGCGAUGUGAACGUCUCCAGCCUGAGUUUGGGGUCCUCCUUGAACUCUUUGGUGUAACACGUGAGCUGAGGCCGCCGCUCUGCACAGGGUGACAGUCACCGAAUUGGCCGGCCUUCCUAACCCGUACUGACUGUCAACUGCGCCAUCGUUAAGGACUUGUAAUAACUUGGCAUUGGGGGAGGCAGGCUUACUCGGGGUCACGUGGUGUGGGACUUGAACCUGUGAUUGGUCACAGUCGAUACUCGGGGCACUCAGAUUGCCAAGGUGUUCUUUUUCUUUUUCUUUUUUUCUUUCUUGAGCACAAAUUUACACACAAGGAAUCCUAAAACUUCAUUGGUGCAGUGGCACAGCAGGCACCAUAAUGACUUUGGCUGGCUCUGGCACCUUUGUGUAUGGGCAUUCCAUGCCGUACGGGUUCCAUGGAGCCCAUCGGGGCCUGCAGCCUGGGCUCCCAUUGUCUUCAAGAUUGGUGACACUGAAUUGGUGUAGUCGGCAGGAGUGCCGUCUGAUUCUCCUUACUUGCUAGACGGGUGAAUUCUUUACUUACUGCUUCCUGCCAUCUUGGUAUGAACUCCUGUUGUGACCAGUGGACUCCUAGUCACCAUGGAUGGGCCCUUUGCCACUUUCACCGCUGCCCACAGUCCCUAGGGCUGGCAGCUCUUGGCAGAGGUGGUCAAGUGAUUUGCAGACUGGCACACUAUUUAGUGAGACCCCCCAAACCUCACUGUACGAGUGCAGGACACAUGAGGUGACAGUGACGUGUGGUGGCGGUAGUGGCAGAGGCGCACUUUCCACGUGCUCUCUCUUAAAGAAGAGCGUAUCUUUACUCCGUUUUUAUUUAAUUAGAAACGAUCAAGUUUGGGUCGUAGAGACGCUGGCCAUUUAUGGUGGUCUGGAUUUUAGUCCCCUCUGUUUUACAAAUGUCCAAGGCCUGUGAUUCCCCACAAUUUGUUCAUAAAUCUGUUCAGGUGUAUUGUGGGUAAUUUGUCAGUUUUCUAAUCUUGAGAGACCCCAAUAAAAUGUAAAUUCUGUGCAGGCCUUACCAACUUGCCCAAGUUUUCUAAUAAAGCCCAUUUUGUGUG